AUGGAACACGAGACUCGAAGCGAUUCGCCAACAACAAAUUCAAAUCGUCCGGAACACAAUUCAAAAACUUCAUUCCUCAUAGAAGACAUACUUUAUAGAGGCGACAAUCGAUUCAAAGUUCCCAAUGUCGAGCGAAGACUCGACUACGAGCCGCGGCCUUACUUCUCCGUGGCUGGCGACGUCAGGCCUCACCAGACCAGGGAAGGGUAUCUGCAGGUCGCCAUGGGAGCCCUAGGCGCUUACCUGCACACCCCUAAUACGUAUAAAGCGGUCGAACCCCCUUACUUUUUGUCGCAAGGUGUGCCGUAUCACGCUUUGUUCACGCCUUCGGAGCUAUCGCUGUCUGCGCUAAAGCACUGCAGACGACGGAAGGCCAGAACAGUCUUCUCGGACCCUCAACUAACAGGUCUGGAGAAACGGUUCGAGUCGCAGCGCUACCUUUCGACUCCUGAGCGAGUGGAGCUAGCUGGAGCGCUGAACCUCUCCGAAACCCAGGUGAAGACGUGGUUCCAGAACCGACGGAUGAAGCACAAGAAGCAGAUGAGGAAGCAACAGCAGCAGAGGAAUUCUACGGCGGCCGUCGAUUUUACGGCGAAGCAUCAAGCCUUAUCGGACUGUAGGAAGGCGCAGGAAGAUUCUAGAAUCUCGACCACCCACACGUCCGAUUCGGAUUCGGAUCAUAGCGACAGUGACAUUGAUAUUGUCGGCGAAUCGAGUUACACCCAGCGCUACGCGUCGAGUAAUGCUUAG